AUUGGUUUUGAGGUUCCCCGCUAAGCAAACGAUGUCCGGGCAGUUUACCGGAGGAUAUCAGAGCCCAAGUGGCCACCGUGGUAACUAUAAUAACUCCAUGAUCCAGCAACAGUUAAAUCAGAUGAACGUUUCGAAUCAAAUGGGCAUGAUGGGUUUCAACCAAGGUACCGUGAUGGGUAACCAACAGAUGCAAGGCGGCCCUGGGCAGGGAAAUCAAGAUAUAGGUCUCGGCCAGGGAAUGAUGGGACAGCAACAAGCGCAGCAGCAGGGCGGCCCGGGAAUGCAGUCCAAUGCACAACAGGUGCAAGCGAACCAGCAUCAGUCCGGAGGAAAUCAGAUGGUGGGACAAACAGGCCCGCAUCAAGCGCCACAACCAUCGCCCCAGAUGGGCGGCCACAUUGGCCCGGGAGGCAUGAUGGGCAAUCCGCAGGGACCAGGGACGCAGGCAUCCCAAGGACCCGUUCAACCGGGCGGUGGCACAGCGGUGCAACAGCAACAGAAAGCAGAGUUCAACUUGCUCUCCUUGUGCCGCAUCGGACAGGAAACGGUACAGGACAUCGUGAGCCGCUUUCAGGAAGUGUUCGGCAUUCUGCGCUCCAUACAACCCCCGAAUGGCACCAAUCAGGGGCAGCUGUCGAGCAACGAUAAGAAGGCGAAGGUACAGGAACAGUUUCGGACCAUCCGGUUGCUGUUCAAGCGGCUACGGCUGCUGUACGAUAAGUGCAACGACAACUGUCAGCAGGGCAUGGAGUACACACACGUGGAGAGUUUGAUUCCGCUGAAGGGUGAGAUUGAACGCUCGGAACCGGUGCACACGGAGGAGUACAAAAAAGCGCUGCAGGAGAAUCGCGAGCUGGUGGUGAUGGUGCAGAAUAAGAACAAACAACUGCGGGAAAUUAUCGAUAAAAUACGCAUGACGAUAUGGGAAAUCAAUACCAUGCUCAGUAUGAGACGCUGCUAAGCUCGAUCCCGCAAUUACCGACUGACGAUGACUGUAUUCCCGAUAAUGGGCGAUGGCAGAGUAUUUAUAAGCU